AUGACAACUCAAAGAGAAGAAAAGAAGAAAGUGAGCAGAACAAGGAUUGUGUUAUCACAGGUGCUAGCAUGUAUCGCUCUGGAUUUUCUACUGGUGGGCCUCGGGAUGUCCAUCAGCUUUGUGACUAUGGUGGUGCCAGAUGUCCUGGAUGCCAAGGAAGGGUUGUCGCUCAACAAGAAAGAGGCAUCAUGGUUCGGUAGCAUGGCCUUUCUAUGCCAACCCCUCGGAAGCAUCUUCUCCGGGCCAUUAUUGGAUUACUUCGGACGAAAGAAGGCUCUAUUCCUGGUUAACAUACCGCAUCUUGUCGCGUGGGUGCUGAUGUAUACCGCAUGGAAUGUGCCUUCACUUUUCAUCGCUAAUGCCUUAUUAGGUAUUGGUACGGGGAUAAUGGAAGCUCCUUCAAUUACUUAUGUUGGUGAAGUAAGUGACCCAUCCAUUCGAGGGAUCCUUACAACCCUGACGAAUUGUUUCACCUCCACCGGAAUGUUCAUUGCAUACUUGCUGGGCACAGUUCUCACCUGGCGGCAAGCAGCACUUGUAUCACUAACAGUACCUAUAGCAACAAUGCUUUUGGUUCUAUUCGUUCCAGAAACACCGAUAUGGUUACUUUCCAAGGGCCGCCAAAAAGAAGCGUUGCGAUCGCUGUGCCGUCUUAGAGGGUGGGCACAGCCAGAGGAUGUAAAAGAAGAAUUCGAUCAACUUGUACAAUACAAUGACCUUAUUCAACAGUGCGUCGUAUGCACAAGGGAAGGAAAGUCAGACGUAGAACCGUGCUGUCACAAUUCCCACAAUGUAUUCAAAAGAAUCAUAAACAAAUUCAGAAACGUACUAUUCGUUAAAGAAACUAUGAGACCUUUUGCUCUAGUUAUGGCGUAUUUCUUCUUCUAUACGCUUAGUGGCUUGGCACCUAUAAAACCUAACAUGGUGAAUGUAUGCAGAGCCCUUGGUAUGAAAUAUGACCCGAAAAAUAUUGUGGUUGCAGUUGGCGUAGUGUUCAUAAUAAUGAACAUCUUAUCUGCAGUAAUAGUUAAAGUUAUUGGAAAGCGAAAGUUAGUUUUAUUCUCACUUCUGGCAACUGCCUUUUGCAGUUUAGCUUUAAGUGUGUACGCACGCACAAACCUUCCUAUGGAAUUAUUCUCCUACGAACCCAGUACUUUCCCGAACCAAGGAGAGAUUCUGCCGGUAUUUUUAUUCAUGAUGCUGGUAUCGUUCAGCAGCCUUGGAAUACCGUGGGUGCUACUGUCUGAAGUCUUUCCAUUCAGGGGCCGUGGUUUAGCCACGGGUCUAGCUGCUGCUCUUAGCUACGUAAUAUUUUUCGUAGCAGCUAAAACAAAUUACAAUCUAGAAGCAAACUUUCACAUCAGUGGUGCUUUCUUUUUCUACGGAAUAAUCGGUAUAAUUGGAACGUGCUAUCUUUACUUCUUUUUACCAGAAACGGAAAGUAAGACCUUGGUCGAAAUCGAGGCAUAUUAUAAAGGUAACCAAAAAAUAUUUGCAGACGACUUCUUUAUCAACGCAUUCAGAAAGAAGAACUGCCUAAAUACUGAUGUCAAUAAACCUAUGCUGGUCAAGUAA